AGGAGAAAUGCUCACUAACAGGGAUGUAAACAAAUUUGUGCACAAAAUUUGAGCGAAAUAAGCUUUUUGUGCGUGUGUAACAUGUCUAGGCUCUUUUAUCUCAGCUCAUGAGACCAACACUUUACAUGUUGCAUUUACAUUUUUGUUCGGUAUAGUUUUAAAAUUAAUUUCUGAGUUCUAGUAAACGUUUAUAUUGUGAGAACGCCAGUGGGCGCAGUUUUUUUUUCGAAAGCUACAUUUGGCCUAUUCGACGACAUCCGUCCAUAGCUGUCGUUGGUUUGUCUGUCAGUGUGAUUCCACGUCUGUGAGAAUGGAAGGGGAACCAGACACAGGCGCGUCUUCUCGGGAUGAGAGAAAAGCUAAAGAGAAGGCUGAAAUACUGCAAAGGGAAACCCAGCGGAAGAGUUUCAAACUGGUCAGAGAGGAGAGACUGGAGAUUUGUGUAGUCCACUGUUUACAAGCUAGCUAGAUGUUAUGCUAGCCGGCUAGAAAGCUACACCGGCGGCUUGCAAAAUAACACUUAUUGCAAUGCAUUGCAACGUUUAACAAUGUUGAGAACUUUGGAUAAAACUCUGACAUUGUUCGUACCGAGUGACAUUGUCAAGAGUAGAUAUUGCCCAUUCAUGUAUUCCAAAGUAGCUAAGAUCCUGAAGAAGCAGGAGAGUGAGCGGACACAGGAGGAGUCUGCGGAUCUACUUCUGCACCAGGACACUGUACAGGAGCUGUGUUCGCGGCAGGUCCGCAGGAACAUUCUAAAGAGGAAGCAAGAAGAGGUAUUUGAUGAUACCGAGGACCUGAGGUGUAAAGUGGGACAGUUGGCUGAGGCAGUCAGACAGGCUCAACACCUGGUUAUCUACACUGGAGCUGGGAUCAGUACGGCAGCGUCCAUCCCAGACUACAGGGGACCAAAUGGGGUUUGGACACAGCUACAGAAGGGCAGAGCUGUCAGCUCGUCAGACCUGAGUGAAGCAGAACCUACUCUUACACACAUGUGUAUCAGGAUGCUGCAUGAGGAGAACAUGGUGCAGCAUGUAGUGUCGCAGAACUGUGAUGGGCUCCACCUGCGUAGCGGUCUUCCCAGACACACCCUCUCUGAGCUGCACGGCAACAUGUUCAUCGAGGUGUGUACUUCCUGUUCCCCGGUGAGGGAGUUUGUGCGACUCUUUGACGUGACGGAGCGCACCGCGAGGCACAGGCACGGGACGGGGCGGCGGUGCGCCCACUGCGGGGGCGAGCUCAGGGACACCAUCGUACAUUUCGGGGAGAGGGGCACCCUGGAGCAGCCUCUCAACUGGAGGGGGGCAUCGAACGCUGCUGAGAGGGCUGACGUUAUCCUCUGUCUGGGCUCCAGUCUGAAGGUGCUGAAGAAGUAUGGCUGUCUAUGGAGCAUGAAUAGACCUGCUAUCAGGAGACCCAAACUCUAUAUCGUCAAUCUACAGUGGACACCUAAAGACGACCUGGCCACGCUGAAGAUCCAUGGGAAAUGUGACGACGUGAUGCGUCUCCUUAUGGAGGAGCUGAACAUUCAGAUCCCUGCCUACAACCAGACAGAGGACCCUGUACUCAGCUUGGCCACGCCGCUGAGACCAGACGAGGAGGACAGUUACACUCGUAAACUCAUAGCUCCGCCCGCGGGCGGGGAGGACUGCUCACCAGACUCCCUGGGACAGGGUGGAGGAACAGCAGUACAAGGAGGCUGGUUCGGACGAGGAUACUCCAAAGGGAGGAAGAGGAAGAGGAGGAAGGUGGUGGUGUAGCAGAACGUUAAUCAUGGAGAAUCGUGUGUCAAAUUUCUACUAUCUCCUUUUUGUUCUGAUUGGUUGUUUUGAAACGGACCUUGAUAGUAAGGAAGACGUCACAGCAAACAGAAGUGAGGGGGGAAGAACCUCACUAAGACGGAGCUGUUUGUGAUGCAGAGUAUUAUGAAGUAUUACUAUGGUUUCAGAUAUACUACCUCUCUAAGCCUGAGGGAGCAUCCUAAUAAUCUCCACUUUCUGGUCGUCACUAGUUACCACAGCCGCAAAGUCACAAACCCUGCCUCUCUCCACAAUUUAAAAUGUCAUUUAAACCUUAACCACACUGCUAACCUUAUGCCUAAUCUUAAAUUAUGACCAACCCCCCCCCCCCCCCCCCCCAAAGAAAAUAA